AUGAGAGUUACAAGUCUGCGAUUACUACAAGGAGGGCUGUUAGUGCUGCGGGUGCUAAAAAGAAGACUAAAUAAUGCGAGUCGGACGAAGAAGGGGUGGUUUUCCACUCGUACGCUAGCCGAUUCGAACGAGCACUUGAGACGAGUGUUUGACGACCAAGCAUACUUUGAUAAUUUCACGAAAAGUGGAGCUCCUGAAGGAGCUAUGAACUCGUUAUUCGGGGGAAACGGAGUUGGGCUUUUUAGGAACAGAGCCUUGAUUUCGCCCCAGGGGCUAGUUGAUUUUUCAGAAGAGUCUCUUGAGAGGGCAAAGAUGUUGGUUUCCAAUAUGAUGGCUGAAGUGAAGACUAGCGAGCAAGGACGUUUAGAGUACAUAAAGAAGCUUGACCAGUUGAGUGAUGUAUUAUGUCGUGUUAUUGAUGUAGCCGAAUUCAUUCGGGUAUCCCACCCGAGCCAGAAGUGGGUGGAUGCAGCACAGAGGACCCACGAAAUCAUGUUUGAAUACAUGAACCAGUUGAACACUAAUGUGGAAUUAUACGAGAGUUUGAGAGAUUUGUUGAUAGACCCUGCUAUAACUACAAAGUUAAGCAAAGAAGAAAUCGAGGUUGGAGAAUACUUGAGACAGGAUUUUGAACGGUCUGGUAUCCAUAUGGAUCCAAACACUAGAAAUAAUUUUGUUGCAAUUACUCAAGAAAUUUCUCUUUUGGGAUCUCAUUUUAAUAACGAUAUUCACAGUUUAGAAAGCUAUUGGUGUAAUAUUUCCAGGUCUGAAUUUGAUAAAAUAAGCGAUACGGUUGUCAAGAGCGAAAUUUACGGAUAUCAGUCGAGCUCUCCUGCGAGCCAAAACAAGGAUUCUGGAAAUAUAUAUAUACCGUUGGCCGGUCAUAUUCCCUACACAAUUCUUUCAAAAUGUGAGGUUGAGUCAGUAAGAAGAAAAGUAUGGAUAUCUUUGCACAACUCUCCUAAAGAGCAAAUUGAUACAUUAAAUGCAUUCGUGAAAUACCGUGCCUUACUAGCCAAAAUGUUGGGCUAUAAAUCAUUUGCACAUUACCAGUUAGAACAUAAAAUGGCCAAAAACCCAGAGAAUGUGCUAACUUUACUUAGGAAUUUGCAACAAGGAUUGAUCAGUAAGGAAUACGGUGUUUGCGAAGAAGUUAAAAAAUUGCAUUCAUUCAAAAAUGGAGACGAUGCUGUGAUGACUGACGAAGAAAUAUUAGAGGAUGUCAAACCCUGGGAUCGUGAAUACUUAUUAGCACAAUUGCAAUCUCAGACUUUGAAAGAUGAGGAGCCAUUGGAAGACAUAUCAGAGUAUUUUUCAGUUGGAACCAUUGUUUCUGGAUUAUCUAAAUUGUUUUAUAGUAUUUACAAUGUCAAUUUGAUCCCAGAAGCAACGUUAAAGGGGGAAACAUGGGAUUCAAAUCAAGUUCGGAAAUUAAAUGUUUUUGAUGUGACAUCUAAUAAAAAGCUUGGCUAUUUGUAUUUAGAUUUUUGGUCCCCUAAAGUCUUACCAUCGCAUUUUACUAUUGUUUGCCUGAGAAAGUUGAACACUGAUAUCGGUAGCGAGUCGAGGGAUGAAAUGAGAGAAAUGGUUCAAUUGGAUGAAAAUGAACAACACCAAUUGCCGGUGAUUUCGUUGGUAUGUAAUCUUCUGAAACCACAAGGGACUGGAGUUGGUAGGUUCACCGGAAUGGAUAGUCGUAAGCCAACUUUACUAUCCUUGGACCAAGUCGAUACUAUCUUCCAUGAAAUGGGACAUGCAAUGCAUUCUAUGAUUGGUAAGACGGAUUUGCAUAACUUGUCAGGAACUAGGUGUGUCACAGACUUUGUUGAGUUGCCAUCGGUGCUCAUGGAAUCAUUCAGUAAAGAUCCCCGUGUAUUAUGCAAGAUCGCAAAACAUUAUCGUACGAAGGAACCCUUAUCCAAGGAAACCUUGGCUAAACAUCAAUCCCAUAGAGUCUUACUAGAGGAAAGUGAAACCUUCAUGCAAUCUAAAAUGGCAAUGUUAGAUCAAGUCUUACAUAACGAGGAUAUCAUAAAUUGUGGUAUUAAGGAUUUUGAUUCGACUGCCGUAUAUCAUCAUUUGGAGAGCCAAUUGAAGGUAUUUGCUGAUAAAUGGUCUACAUGGCACGGAAAAUUUCCUCAUUUGUUUUCUUACGGAGCAGUAUACUACUCAUAUCUUUUAGAUAGAGCAAUUGCAGAGAAGAUUUGGCAUGGUCUUUUCAAGGAUGAUCCUUGGAGUCGUGAAGCAGGUCAAAAGUAUAAGGAUAGUAUUCUUAAAUGGGGUGGCACAAGAGAUCCAUGGGUCUGUUUGGCCGAUGCCCUAGGUGAUGAAAGAUUAGGCAAAGGUGAUUCAAAGGCCAUGGAGAUAAUAGGCCAAAAAGUAUAG